AUGGCGACUAGGCGAGUAAGAACCAGCAGGGUCGACUUCCGUUAUCAAUUGCGCUCGUCGUUCGCCAUACCAACUCAAGGCCAACUACUUGGUUGCUUGGCAUUUUUCCUCCUGCUGAUAGCAUCUGUCGAGGCCGUUUAUACCGGGAAUAGAUUCGCGGCAAUUCAGGCAAGCGGAGCGCCGCAAAAGUCCCGCAAGCCCGACAUUGUCGUUGCGCUAGACGGCACUGGUGACUAUAAGACCGUGCAGGAGGCGCUCGAUAACGCAUCGUCUGGACGGCGGGGCCGAUUCACCAUUAUUUACAUAAAAGCCGGAGUGUAUAAUGAAACCCCUACUACGCCCAAGUCGCUGCACCACGUUGCGCUGGUGGGCGAGAAGGGCGGCGGCGGCGUGACGAUCACGGCAGCGCAUUACGCGGGCGAGGACGACGCGGAAGUCGCGAUGAACACGGAGGAGAGCAGCACGUUCAAGCUGUGGGCCACGGAUUUCCUGGUGCAGCACAUCACAUUCGAGAACAGCCACGGUCCCGGAAAGAAGGGCGGCAAGGAGGAUCAAGCGGUGGCGCUGAUGGUGAAAGGCACGCGCAUCCAGUUCUACGAGUGCACCUUCCUCGGCUACCAGGACACCUUGUACGCGCACAGCGGGCUCCAGUACUACAAGAACUGCAUCAUCCAGGGGCGCAUGGACUUUGUAUUCGGCAAUGCCAAGGCGGUCUUCGACGACUGCAUUUUCCGCCUCGUCUACUGGGGCGGCGCGUACUUUGCGCAGGCGCGCGCCGCGGGCGACGAGACGGGGUUCGUCAUUCGCGGGGGGGUGCUCACCCCGUACGGCAGCGAAGGCCCGAUUCGCCCCGGUUACCUUGCGCGCUCCUGGGGCGACUACUCAACGGUCGUUUUCGCCAACACGUUCUUCGCGAAGGACGCGGUGCGGGAGGAGGGGUGGGGGUUUGUGAGCGGAUAA